AUGUCUCAUAGCCCAUACGAUACUAGCAGCAGUGAUAGCGAUGAGCCCAGUAGUAUGACGACGAUACCUGAUCGUCGACUAUCGGAACUAGGGUCCAUGCGCUCAGGGAGCAUCGAUCGCCGCCAAAGCAACUUGAACGAAGUCGAGAUAGAGCGAAUCAACACGUAUCGACUCCAACAUCGCUCAACCGUCGGUUCUAUUUCAGGACCUACCCCCAGAGACCAAUGGCUUCCCCUCGGAGCUGGCAAGCCCCAUCCGCCAGCUCUUCCAGACCCCGAGGAGUACAUUGUCGAAUUCAACGAUGCACAGGAUCCAAUGCACCCCCAGAACUGGCCAUUCAAACGCAAACUCGGUAUAUCAGUGACCUUGGCAUAUACAACCUUCGUUUCCUCUUUCGCUAGUGCCAUAUACUCCUCCGCGGUCGGACAUAUCAGCGCCCACUUUCACAUCAGCACGGAGGUCGCUAUUCUCGGUGUGACUUUAUACGUUCUGGGAUUUGCUUCGGGACCGACGGUAUGGGCACCAGCAAGUGAGCUGAUUGGGCGGAGAUGGCCGAUCUGCAUUGGCAUGUUCGGAUACUCCAUUUUCACCAUUGCGACAGCAACUUGCAAGGAUGUCCAGACUUUGAUGUUGACGCGAUUCUUUGCCGGCUUCUUCUCUGCUAGCCCGAUCGCUAUUGUGCCAGCCGUGUUUGCCGAUAUUUGGAAUAACAAGACGCGCGGUGUCGCUAUUGCGAUGUUCGCCAUGGCUGUAUUCGUGGGGCCUUUCGCGUCUCCAUUCGUUGGUGGCUUCAUUACCAUGUCUUACCUGGGAUGGCGAUGGACUAUGUACAUCGCCUCUAUCAUGGGGUGGCUAGCUACUUGCCUUUGUCUUUUGUUUUUGAAAGAGACCUAUGCACCAGCUGUUCUUGUAGAGAAAGCCGCCACCCUACGACGGCAGACACACAAUUGGGGAAUCCGCGCUAGACAAGAAGAGAUUGAGCUUGAUUGGGGCGAGUUGAUCACAAACAAUUUCAGUCGGCCAUUCCGUAUGCUAUUCACCGAGCCAAUCGUUCUACUACUCAACCUGACCUUCCUUCAGAUCUCUCUUUGGAUGAGUUUUGUUUAUGGGUUGAUGUACGCCCUUUUGGGCGCUUACCCUGUUGUCUUUCAAGGAAUCCAUGGUCAAAACCUGGGGGUUGGCAGCCUGCCUUUCAUUGGAUUGAUUAUUGGCGAGUUUCUAGCUGGCGCCUAUAUCAUGUUUGAUCAGAGGUCAUACACGAAGAAGUUAGCCGCCAAUAACAAUAUCCCCAUUCCGGAAUGGAGACUUCCUCCCGCCAUCCUGGGGGGUGUGUGCUUCUGUGUUGGGCUGUUCUGGUAUGGGUGGACUGGAUGGACAAAGUCAAUUCACUGGAUGGCCCCGACCGCCAGUGGAGUUGUAACGGGAUUCGGCAUCUAUGUCAUCUUCCUGCAGUGCUUCAACUAUUUGAUUGAUUCAUACUUGAUGUUUGCCGCAUCUGUGUUUGCCGCGAAUACCAUUAUUCGAUCAGCGGUGGGAGCUGCGUUCCCAUUGUUCUCAAAGCAGAUGUUUAUCAACUUGGGUGUGCAAUGGGCUGGCACACUUCUUGGGUGCCUCGCCCUCAUCAUGAUCCCAAUUCCCAUGGUAUUCAUCAGAUGGGGACCUGCGUUGCGCAAGAAAUCUAAAUUUGCUCCUAUCGCUGAGGCCCCUCUUGCAAUCAAGGCGGAGAAAGAUGUAACGGAGUCGGUUUAG